GCGGGCGCCUUCUCGUGCCGCUUUUACAAGAGGAAGGCAGCGCGGUCGGUUUUGUACCCUCCCAUUCAGUCACAUCUCUUUUGGCGUGGUGCGGUGUUGUGUAGCUCUGCCCCACACGGCCCGCUGUAUCCCGGCGGCACCAUGAGCUUGGCGUUGAGGAAUGAGCUUUCAGUAGACAAAACUAAAAAGAAGAAAAGAAGAGAACUGACUGAGGAACAGAGGCAAGAAAUCAAAGAUGCCUUUGAGUUGUUUGAUACAGACAAAGAUAGAGCAAUAAAUUAUCAUGAAUUAAAGGUGGCAAUGAGAGCCUUGGGUUUUGAUGUGAAAAAAGCUGAUGUCCUGAAAAUACUUAAAGAUUAUGAUCGAGAAGCAACGGGCAAGAUCACUUUUGAAGAUUUUAAUGAAGUUGUGACAGACUGGAUAUUGGACAGAGAUCCACAAGAAGAAAUACUCAAGGCAUUCAGAUUGUUUGAUGAUGAUGACUCUGGUAAAAUAAGUCUGAGAAACCUGCGUCGGGUUGCUAGAGAACUGGGUGAAAACAUGUCUGAUGAAGAACUAAGGGCUAUGAUUGAAGAAUUUGAUAAGGAUGGAGAUGGAGAAAUCAAUCAAGAGGAGUUCAUUGCUAUUAUGACUGGAGAUAUAUAGCAUUAGAAGAAAAGAAGUGAACUCAGCACAUAACGGAGGAAUCAGUGGCAGCUUCCAUUACAGUGUUUUUACUUCCAUUCAUUUCUGUAGCUGGAGUGAUGCAGAAAGUUACUUUCCUCACAGGACCAAAAUAAAGACAGGUUAUGUACACAUUGAUAGUUCAGUACUUUGUAUCAUUAAAUAUUAUCACUAGAAUAACUGAUAUAUAAUUUUAGAACAAGUAAGCAAAUGCUGCAUUUCAGAAUGUUUUGAGUAGUCAUUUGUAAAAUAGCUUUGUAUAAGAUUUCUAAAUCGUAUCAUAAGAACCUUUUGAAGUUGAUUGUGUUAGCAUUAGCUGUGGCCUUAGUUUUGAUACAUAAGGUUUGACAAACUUCCAUUUUAAUAAAAUGUUCUUUUACUAUUGCUACUUGAAAGUGGGUGCUCUUUGUAGUUUCAUCUGAACUGGACUGUAAUGUAAAAUCCUACAGGGAAAAUAAUAUUUUUUUUUCACUUACAGGCUUGUACUUCCACUGUUCUAGAUGAACAGUAGCGUUAAAUGAGCAAGCAUUUACAUCUUCAAAGAUGCAGCUUUUUAACUCUGUAUUACCCUUGUAUGAUAGCAAAGCACAGGCAAUAUAGGAUCAUAGAAUAGUUGGGGUUGGAAAGGACCUUAAGAUCAUCUAGUUCCAACCCCGCAAAUAGGCAUGAUGAUAAACUCCAUCAAACUGACUUGAGAUGUCAGCCACGAGAUCUGAUAGCUAUGGAGACAAUGACAACUGUUUAUGAUGAGUAGGUGCACUUUCUGCAGUAUUGAGUUAGAAGAAAAGCAUCACAAGGAAUGAACUUUUAAAGUAGUUGAAGAGACCGGAUAUGUUUCUGGUUUACCAGAUGGCUUCCAGAACAAUUGUUAUGGGUUGCUCUUCUAGAUUUUCUGUAUAUUUGUUGUAGUUUCUUAUUUUUAAAAUUUCUCUCCUACAUAAAAAAUGUACCUUUAAA